GGCGCAAAUGCGGAGCUAAACAAAAACCGAAAAACUCUUGAAUCGGCUGCAAAAACCCAGGGGAUUUCGAGUGAGCCAUGGACACGGCGGAAGGAAAGCGAGGCCGCGGACGUGGACGCGGCACCAGGGCGCGUGGGCGUGGCCGGGGCCGGGGACGCGGUCGUGGCAAGAAAAUCGACGACAGCAGUAUCGCCGAUGCCGCCGCAGCCGCAACUCUGGCAGCCAACAGUUGUGCAGCCCUGGAGGACAGUCCAGGUCGAUUGGAGCCCUCCGAGGAUUCGGUGAUGCAGGAUCUGGACAAGGAGGGCGACAUGGAGGUGAAUAAUGCGCUGGAGGAGGCCCCCCUGCCGCAGGGAGCUCAGGGAACAAUUGCGGGGGGCGAGGAGAUGACGCCACAGACGCCGCAGCCACAGGUCCUCCAGCAGGUGCCACCUGUGCCUGUGCUCAGCCAAACAAUUGACAUGGAGGCCGACAUAUCGCAGCUGGAGGCGCCCACCUUCACCACCCUAUCGCGCGGACCCCCUGAGCCCAUGCUGCGCCUAAAGUGGAACCACAAAGUUAGCCUUAUUGGCGAGAAGGUGCUCAACCCGAUGAUCCACUGCUGCGAUCAGUGCGACAAGCCGAUACUCGUCUACGGACGCAUGAUACCCUGCAAGCAUGUCUUCUGCCUCAAGUGCGCCCGCGCUGAGCCCAUCAAGAGCUGCCCGCGGUGCACGGACAAGGUGCUGCGCGUGGAGCAGAGCGGCCUGGGCACCGUAUUCAUGUGCACCCACGGCGGCAGUCGCUACGGCAGCUCCGGCUGCCGUCGAACAUAUCUCUCGCAACGCGACCUGCAGGCGCACAUCAACCACAGGCAUGUGGCGCCGCAGCCACCGCCGCCGCUGCAGUCGCUACAGUCGCUGCCACAGCUGGCGUCCAUGGCGGAGCAGCCGAAAAUGACGGAUCUGGGCGUUGGCGUCGGUCUGGGCCUGGAGUUGCACAAGCAGCGCAAGCUCUCCGAGUCGUCUGUCCCCGCGUCCGUUUCCGCCUCCAUUGCCCGCCCCCAGUCACGCAUCGGUAGCAUACCGCCGCCAGGAUCCGCAGCUGCCCAAAACGCCAUCCAUGGCGGCCACUCGACGCUCACGCUGGCCAACCUGGCCAGGAUCAACAAUGCCAACGCCCAGGACUGUCAUCAGGGCAAGGCCUCGCUGCACCACAGCCUGAAGAAGGGUCAAUCCGAAUCGGUGGCCGAUGCCUCGUACUACAGCAGCGUGCUCGCCUCCUUCGGCAGCGCGGGAUCGGGGGCCCAGGGGGGCGUGACAACCGCCGGUCAGCCAACUGCGCCGGCCACUGGAGGCCCAGGUGCCUCCGGAUCCGCUGAGACGUCAGCCGGUGGCUCCGGCGGCAACUGGCAGCAAUCGCAAUACUACAGAUAGGGGGCUCAUCCACGGGGGAAGCUGAUUUUUACGCAGGCACGGCUUUUAAUUAAGUAAACUAUAUGUAUGUUAAGAAGGAAAUUAUUAAAAGUAUCUUACGGUGUUCGAGCAAACCGAAAAUAUAA